CUCUGCAACCUGUUUAGUCCUCCUUCCUCAUUCUGAAGGGAAUUUAUACUUUAGACUGACUUCAUAUUUCUUCAGAUUGAUUCUCUGACGGAGCUGAGACAUAUCCCGAUUGAGGAUGGCCGACAAUCAAGAAGAUGCUCCCCUGGCCAGAGGAAGUGUUUCAGGCAGCCAUGAAGUCCUGGUCAACAAUGCAGGGCCAAGAGGAGGCUCCAACAGCCGUGCCGUGAAGAUCGCCGGCCUGACCACCCUGGCGUGCCUGCUGCUGGCCAGCCAGGUCUUCACCGCAUAUAUGGUGUUUAACCAGAAGCAGCAGAUCCACACACUGCAGAAGAGCUCUGAGAGGUUGGGCAAACAGAUGACUCGCACAUCCCAGGUUGUUGCCCCAGCAAGGAUGGCCAUGCCUAUGAACAGCCUGCCUCUGCAGAUGGACUUUACCGAAGACGACUCCAAAUCUUCUAAGACACCCUUGGUUAAACUGCAAGACACCGCCAUUGUCAGUCUGGAGAAACAAGUGAUGGAUCUGAUGAAGGACGUCAGUCUGCCACAGUUUAACGAGACCUUCAUGGCCAACCUGAAGAGCAUGAAGCAGCAGAUCGAUGAAAGCGAGUGGAAAAGCUUCGAGUCCUGGAUGCGCUAUUGGCUGAUCUUCCAGAUGGCCCAGCAGAAGCCUGCAGGCCCCACCCCACAGCCAGCCUCUAUGAUCCAGACCAAAUGCCAGAUGGAGGCAGCAUCCGAGGCCAAGAUUGGCAAAUACAAGCCCCAGUGCGAUGAGCAGGGCCGCUACAAGCCCAUGCAGUGCUGGCACGCCACCGGCUUCUGCUGGUGCGUGGACGAGUACGGCACCCCCAUCGAGGGCACCGCAAUCCGCGGCCGCCCCGACUGUCACAGAGGUGCAGGAUACCGUCGCAUGAUGGCUAUGCCAAGACUGAUGCAGAAGACCUUCGACGUAGACGAAGACAAAGCCAAAUAAACGAAGCCAGAAGCAAAGCGUUUCUUUCAUCCACUCUAUCUUUGCAGACUCGUGAAACUGGUUAUCUAGAGUUGGACGCUAUCCGAAUCGUAGCUGCGUAACGUCGCAAUGAGCUUCCCUUCCAUGUAAUCACUUUAUGCUUUUCCUUUUGCCGACUGCUUGGAAUUAAAAUCAUUAGUAUGGCCUGUUACAUUAAUGCUUUUAAUCACUAUUUCUUAGGGGUCUUGAUUUAUGUAACAUAUAAUUUGACAAACCCUUUGUGAGGUUACAUCGUAUAUUUGUUUUUGAUGAAAGCUUUAAAUGGUCGGUUCACCCAUAUUACAAAAUACAAAAAAUAAAUUUGUGGUGCAGUUCCAGUUUCACCUGCCUGACAUUGAGUGAACUUUAGAUUGUUGAACUGAGAAUAAUUUUUUUUUUUUUUGAUCUCAUACUUUUGGUUAACUUGCCAUUUAAAACGAUGGAGACAUGUGAGGAGGUGUUUUUUUUUCUUUUCUUUUAAAGUGUAUAGUAAGAAGUGGAAAUAAAGAUUUUCCUUUACAACAAUCACAUUAUUCGUCCCAAUGUCUUUAGGUUAAACGUCUGUUAAAGGUAUUCAUGAAAUAAGGCCUGAAUAAACAUAUGAGUGAUUAGAUGCAAUGGCAUUGCUAA